GGCGCGGGGCGCGGGAUCUCACCUUCCCCACACUCCGCCGCGCACUCCUAGGCCCACGAGACCAACCGUGCUCGCGCAGGGCGCACAGAAGGCGCGCGCAAGGGGCAAGGAAGGGACCCGGAUUGCGAUCCCCCGCGCAGGGCCGGAGACCCUGAGACCCGCAGAGUGGGAGGCGGAGGCGCCCGAGUCGGGGGCGGGGUUGGGGCGGGGCCGAGCGGGCUGCAGAGCACGCAGACAAAGAGCCCGCGCGCCGCGCACCGCACCCGGGCCUCGCGUCCCUCCCACGCGGGGACCCUGGCUUUGUGUCCGCGUUCUGCAGCGGACUCCGCCCUCCCCGCUCCCGCCAGUGAGCGAGCCGCGUGCGCGUGCGGGGGGCUCCCGCAUCUCCCUUCCCCAAGUCCCCUCCCCCCCCUCCAGCCUCAGUUUCCCCAGCCCUCUUGGCUAGCCCUUAUCUCCCACUGGAGACUCCAUCUGCGCACCUCCUAGUCUCCAGCCUGCCUUUGUCCCCCUGCAACCUCGGCCUACAGCGCCAGCAUCACCAUGAUCGCUAUGAAGGAGAAGAAUAAAACGCCGAAGGACAGCAUGACGCUCCUGCCUUGCUUUUAUUUCGUGGAGCUACCCAUCGUGGCUUCCUCCAUUGUGUCUCUGUACUUCCUGGAGCUGACUGACCUGUUCAAGCCGGCCAAGGUGGGCUUUCAGUGCUACGACCGCUCCCUGUCCAUGCCCUACGUGGAGACGAAUGAGGAGCUGAUCCCGCUUCUCAUGUUGCUGAGCCUGGCCUUCGCUGCACCUGCGGCCUCAAUCAUGGUCGGCGAGGGCAUGGUCUACUGUCUGCAGUCCAGGCUCUGGGGCCGUGGUCCGGGGGCCGUGGAGGGUAGCAUCAAUGCUGGUGGCUGCAACUUCAACUCCUUCCUCCGGCGCACAGUGCGCUUUGUGGGUGUACACGUGUUUGGCCUGUGUGCCACGGCUCUGGUGACAGAUGUCAUCCAGCUGGCCACCGGCUACCACACGCCUUUCUUCCUAACCGUCUGCAAACCCAAUUACACCCUGUUGGGCACUUCCUGUGAGGCGAACCCUUACAUCACACAGGACAUCUGCUCUGGCCAUGAUACACACGCCAUCCUGUCAGCACGGAAGACCUUCCCGUCCCAGCACGCCACACUGUCAGCCUUCGCUGCUGUCUACGUGUCGAUGUACUUCAACUCUGUCAUCUCGGACACCACGAAGCUGCUGAAGCCUAUCCUUGUGUUCACCUUCGCCAUUGCAGCAGGUGUCUGCGGCCUCACGCAGAUCACCCAGUACCGCAGCCACCCUGUGGACGUCUAUGCUGGCUUUCUCAUCGGUGCUGGCAUCGCUGCCUACCUGGCCUGCCACGCGGUGGGCAACUUCCAGGCACCACCUGCAGAAAAAGUGCCUACUCCAGCUCCGGCCAAGGACGCCCUGCGAGCGCUGACACAGCGGGGCCAUGAGUCUAUGUAUCAGCAGAACAAGUCUGUCAGCACAGAUGAGCUGGGCCCUCCAGGGAGGCUGGAGGGUGUGCCUCGGCCUGUGGCUCGAGAGAAGACAUCUCUUGGUAGCCUGAAGAGAGCCAGCGUGGAUGUGGACCUGUUGGCCCCACGCAGCCCCAUGGGCAAAGAGGGCAUGGUCACCUUCAGCAACACACUACCCCGGGUCAGCACACCCUCGUUGGAUGACCCUGCACGGCGCCACAUGACUAUCCAUGUACCUCUCGAUGCCUCCCGCUCCAGGCAGCUCAUCAGUGAGUGGAAGCAAAAGUCCCUGGAGGGGCGUGGCCUGGGGCUGCCUGAUGAGGCUAGCCCUGUGCAUCUGCGGGCCCCAGCAGAGCAGGUGGCAGAGGAAGAAGAGGAGGAGGAGGAAGAAGAAGAGGAGGAAGAAGAGGAGGAGGAGGAAGAUGGGCCUGUUCCACCCUCACUCUACCCUACUGUCCAGGCUCGGCCAGGGCUUGGGCCCCGAGUCAUCCUGCCUCCGAGGCCAGGCCCUCAGCCCCUCGUACACAUCCCUGAGGAAGGCGUUCAGGCUGGAGCUGGCCUGUCACCCAAGAGCAGCUCAUCAGUGAGGGCUAAGUGGCUGUCAAUAGCUGAGAAGAGUGGGGGGCCAGUGGCUGUGGCUCCAUCGCAGCCACGGGUGGCUAACCCACCGAGGCUACUACAGGUCAUUGCCAUGUCCAAGGCAGUAGGGGGCCCCAAGGCUGAGACAGCUUCAUCGUCCAGUGCCAGCUCCGACUCUUCCCAGUACAGGUCCCCAUCAGACCGUGACUCUGCCAGCAUUGUCACAAUUGAUGCACAUGCACCUCACCACCCAGUGGUGCACCUGUCUGCUGGCAGCACACCCUGGGAGUGGAAGGCUAAAGUGGUGGAGGGUGAGGGUAGUUAUGAGCUGGGGGACCUGGCACGGGGCUUUAGAAGUAGCUGUAAACAGCCUGGAAUGGGGCCAGGGUCUCCAGUGAGUGAUGUGGACCAGGAAGAACCCCGGUUUGGGUCUGUGGCCACUGUCAACCUGGCCACGGGGGAGGGUCUGCCCCCACCAGGUGCAAGUGAAGGGGCCCUGGGUGCAGGCAGCCGAGAAUCCACCCUGAGACGCCAGGUGGGUGGUCUGGCAGACAGGGAAGUAGAAGCUGAGGCAGAAAGUUACUAUAGGAGGAUGCAGGCCCGGAGGUACCAGGACUAAGCCUGGCAAAGCAGUGAUGGAAAUUGGUGUCUACAACCCCCACCCCAAUAAAAGCUUAUGGUAACUGUUA